UAGUGUGGUGCCGACUGCGAGCUGCGGCAGAGCUAUUCGCGCGAACGCUUCUAUGGGGCCAGUUCGCGCCUGACCGUCAGUUCGAAAAUGCACAUUCUGGAGAUAGGAGCUGAUCAAGAGGAUGAGGGCGGCAGCGCGCGCGCCGCGGAAGCCGCGUUCCGCACCGUGCCGCGCGACCACACUGCUUUCCUCGUCUGGAGGAUAUCGGAGUCAGGGACGGAGAUGCUGCCUCGCACCCACUACGGCACAUUCUACGAUGGAGAAGCUUACCUCAUCUACUCCUCUUCGCUUUCUGGACAACCUGCUGGGCCGGAUGUCAUUCGUCGCGAAAUAAAAGAAAACGGCAGCGGCGAAUUCGCCGAGCGCCACAUCCACGCUUGGGCCGGCGAGCGCAGCGGCGCACUGGCCGCGCUGGCGCUGCGCCGCGGCACGCAGCUCGCGGCGCACCUCGGCGGGCCCGUCGUCGUGCACCGCGAGACCUCCACCAAGGAGACGCCCAGACUCCUUUCCUACUUCCGAGAUGGGAUUCGGAUCCUACGCAGCGGCAGCGGCAUUCUCAACGGCGGCGCGCGGCUGUACCGCGUGCGCGGGCGCCGGCCGGUGCUGCUGCAGCUGGAGCCGGUGUCGUGGGCGCAGCUGGCGGCCGACGGCGUGUUCGUGCUGGAUACAGCCGCGCUGCUCGUGCUGUGGCUGGGCCGCGCGGCUAACUUGGUGGAGAAGAUCUUCGGGGCUAAGAUAGCUUACCGCAUGGCCCGCGGCUCUGAAAAGGGCAUAACGGCUCGUCGAAUCGCGAUCGCGCACGACGGCUACGAGCAAACGCUACCUCUUGGGGACCGCACUCUCCUAGACACUUUGCUAGAGCUGCGCUCGCGCUCCGUCCGCCCCGCCGCACCCCCCGCUGACCCCCCGCGUCCUGCCCGUCUCUACCGCGUCACGCAACCGCAGCGCGUCUCGCUCGUCACUAUGCCCUCGCAGAGGCCCGCUGCUCGCUUGGAAGAGGUCAAGAGAGCGCCGCUGUACAGAGCUGACAUGGCUGAUGAUGGCGUUUACGUAGUGGACAGCGGCGUCCGCGGCGUUUGGGCCUGGGUCGGGCCUAACGUGACCGGCAGCGGGGCGGCGCGCGGGGCCUUAGCAGCAGCCCGAGGCCUCGCCCGCGCCCGGCGCUACUCGGGACCAGUGUCGCUGGUGCCGGCUGGCAGGGAACCUCUGGAGUUUGCUGCUAUGUUCCGCGCGUGGCGCUGGUGUGACGCUCGCCGUGACAUUCGCCUGAGAGCUGCGCGGUCUGCUACCACGCGCUUGGAUGCCGUCAGCCUCGCUACUAACUCUUGGCUUGCUGCUGAAGCUCAGCUCCCAGACGACGGGUCCGGCGCGCUCCGGGUUUGGCGUGUACGCGGGGAAGACGAGGCAGGCGCGGGCGCAACCCUGGCCGAGGUGGAGCGCCCGCAGGCCGCCGCCUUCUACGAUCAAGACUGCUACAUCGCGCUCUACACGUAUCAUGCGCCCACGGGGGACCAGUCCAUACUUUACUACUGGAUGGGUGGCUCUUCUCCAAAUGAUUUGAGGAAUUUGGGCGCAAAAGAAGCCAAAGACCUCUACGUGAAGUUGGGGCGUCUUCCCGUCCAAGCUUGGAUUUAUCAAGGCAAGGAACCGGCACACUUCCUUCAAAUAUUCAAAGGCCGGAUGAUCACUUACGUUGGUAGCGCCACUGAUUACGAUCCAACCGGUCGUCGAGUGGUAGCACCUUCCCGCGCCUUGAUCCGCGUGUCAGGGCAGUACGCGCGCGAGGCCCGCGGCGUGGAAGUCCGCGGGGGCGGGGGUGGCGGCGCGGGGGGGCGCGGCGCGUGCUACGUGCUGCGGGAGGGCGCGCGCGCGUGGGUGUGGUGCGCCGCCUGCGCUACUGGCGACGAGAGGGAGGUCGCGAAGAACAUGGCUGCGGCUGACCACACGCUUGUCAUGCAAGUCGAGGAGAUAAUCCCGGUGUCGCAGUACGAGCUGGCGCCAGAGAUGGCGGCGCUGGUGGACGCGCACUGCGCGCUGUUCGUGUGGCUGGGCGCGCACGCCUGCCCGCGCGCCAAGGACGACGCGCGCGCGCUCGCUAAGGCCUACCUCGCGCAGGAUCCUGCUGCUAGAGACCCUGAAACCCCCAUUAUCGUACUGAGCCAAGGCAGAGAACCACCAAACUUCACUGGUUUCUUCCCGCAUUGGAAACAGACUAUGUGGAAGGGCCAUAAAACGUUUAGUGCAAUAAUCAGUGCGCUGGAAGGCAAGUCGAUAGUGCAAUGCGGCAACAGCGCACUGCAGAGCGGCAACAGCGCCAACCGGUUCGAUCAGUAUGAGAAGUACCCUCUGGCAGUACUGAGGGGGCCCAAGGAACACCUGCCUCCUGACGUAGAUCCUUUGGUUAAAGAACUAUACUUGACCCACGACGACUUCGUGGCGACUUUCGGCAUGCCCUACAGCGAGUUCCGAGCCCUGCCCGCUUGGAAACAGAAGGACAUGAAGAAAGCUGUCGGCUUAUUCUAAUCUAACCGUUAGCUUGCCUCUCAACAAACAAUAUAACCUAAACGGUCAAAUAUAUUCCUCGUUACCUAGAAGUACUUGUCUAUGUAAGAUAAUAAAUAUAGGGCAAAUAGUAAUAAAGUGAAGUGUACGCGUUCAUAUCAACUCGCAUCACAUAGCAGAUUUUAAUUUUAAUGUCAAACAGGACAAUAAUUAUAUUUUUCAUCAUAAUACUCAUAUAUCAAGGUAGUGUAAAAGUUAUUUCAACUUGUGGAGAAAUAUGAAAUAUCGAUAUUCUCGUGUACUUUUUACUGAGGUAUAGAAACAUUUUUUAUCAUUAGGUAAGCAUUACGAGUAAAACAAAUAAAACGUCUCAAAAAUACCCACAUGUAGAGUUUAGUAGUCCAAUGAACGCAUUUUAUCGCAAAAAAAAAAUCUGCAUUGCACAGACUGUAGUUUUAUUAACAGUAUUUUGAAUGGAUAUAAAUAAUAAUUAUUAGUUUUAAUCAUGUUCGAUGAGUUCUUAUUUAUUUUAUUAAUAACAAACAAAUAAAUAAAUUAUUUUUGUUUACAUAUUCCACGAAAC